GCUCGUUGAAAAAGGCCAGAAUAUUCAUUAUUAAUCCCCCAGCGCAAAUUAUUUGCAGGCUCCGAUUCUUCGCCGGAGAUCGAAGCCAUGUCGAAAAGGGUGCUUUGCAAGUUUUUUGCUCAUGGGGCCUGUCUGAAAGGGGAGCAUUGUGAGUUUUCGCAUGAUUGGAAAGCCCCUCCUAACAAUAUAUGCACCUACUACCAAAAAGGGAUUUGUGCUUACGGAAGCAGGUGCAGAUAUGAGCAUGUUAAGGUUUCGCGAUUGCAGUCUUCUGCACCAUCUUCUUCCAUACCUUCUCAUCAGAAUUUACUCUCGAGCUCGGGUUCUUUGACUGUUGCUUCUGCAACUGUAGUGAAUGGUUCAGGUCCUGUUCCAAGUAUCGCCACAGAGCAUUUUGUUUUGGAGGGACUUAUUCACACUCCCGACACACCAGCAUGGGAGCAAAAGUCAGGACCUCAUGACUUGUUAGAGAUUGAUGAUAUAGUGGAGUUGAAUAGUCUGAAUCCAGCCGAUCAACCAAUCUGCUCUUUUGCUGCUGCCGGUAGUUGUCCGCGUGGGGAUAAUUGUCCUUAUAUACAUGGAGAUGUAUGUCCCACCUGUGGUAAACAUUGCUUGCAUCCUUUUAGGCCUCAGGAGAGGGAGGAGCAUAUGAAAACAUGUGAGAAAAGGCAAAAUCAUCUCGAAGCAUUAAAACAUAGUCAAGAAAUAGAGUGCAGUGUGUGUCUCGAGCGUGUUCUCUCAAAGCCAACAGCAGCUGAACGUAAAUUUGGAAUCUUGUCAGAGUGUGAUCAUCCAUUCUGCAUAUCAUGCAUCAGGAAUUGGCGUAGUAGUUCACCAACAUCUGGACUGGAUGUAAAUUCUGCAUUGAGGGCGUGCCCUAUAUGCCGAAAGCUUUCAUAUUUCGUCAUUCCUAGUGUGAUUUGGUACUGCUCAAAAGAAGAAAAAAAUGAAAUCGUUGACAACUAUAAAGCAAAACUUAGUUCUAUUGAUUGCAAGCACUUUGACUUUGGGAAUGGAACUUGCCCAUUCGGGACUAGUUGUUUCUACAAGCAUGCCUACCGUGAUGGUCGUUUGGAGGAAGUGGUUUUACGGCAUCUUGAUUCUGAAGAUGGAAGUACAGUGAUUGCCAAAAAUAUAAGGCUCUCAGACUUCCUCAGUAAUUUGCAAAUAAGGUGAAAACUGCUCUAAUAAUAAGGAUGCACGUCUCAAGCAAGUAAAAUUUCACCCAGACAGCAUGGAUAUAUAACUGGGUUUUUGUAAGAUUAAGAUAUGUUGGAUUGGGCAUUGGAUAUGAAGAUUGGAAGGUGCAUUGCAGUGGGAGUGGGCAAUAUUUUGUUUCUGAACUCUAUUUUACUUGUGAUUGGAUGCAUACACACAACAAAUAUAUAUAUAAUAUAUGAAAUUAGAUUUAUAGGAGGAGGAGGAGGAGGAGAGGGUUGCUCACUCUGCCAAAUAAUUCCAUGUUAAGUAUUGCCCACUGCCUUCCCUGUUGGACUUGUGGGAGGUCAACUCAAGAGUGUUACAUGUAACAUUGUGAUUUUACAAAAAAAAAUUCUCUUAAAUUUUGGUUAAUAACAUGAAAAGCUCAUAAAGAAAUUGGUAUA